AUGUGCUCCGAACCUUUAAACUACAAAGCAUACCAGCAGGUGCUCAACCUAGGGUGCGAGAAGAAGACUAAGGCUACCAAGAUGAGAGAGCCUAAACCUACCAGUUCUAAGAGAAGAACCAAGACGGGUUGUAUGACCUGUCGUCGCAGAAAGAAGAAGUGUGACGAACACAAGACCGGCGGCAAGUGCCAGGCUUGUAUUAGAAACUUUUUGGAUUGUCACUGGCCUGGUGAUAAUGAGGAAGUGAAGAGCGAGGAAAACACGUCCUCCGAGGUUUCCGUUCCAGCAUCUCCAGAAACUCCAAAGAGUCUACCAGUUUCGGAUAAGGGUGCUGAUGCUUAUCCAUCUCCAGUGAUGUCUCCAAAAUCGGAGACUGCCGAGGAGCCAACCACUAACUGCAUGGAUAUCAAGUGUUUGACCUUGCCUCCAAUUAAGGGUAAGACCGCCAAGGUGACAAAGCCCGAAACGAAGAAGAAGAGCCAGCCAAAGAAGGCUCAGGAAGCUAAAUUUUUUAUUGCAUCUUUCGACUCUGGAAAGUCUCUUUGUCAGAUCAAGAGUUAA